AUGAUAUGUCAUACCAGUGGCGUUGAGAUUGGGUUUCACAAGAUUGGCAGAGGCUCAAAUGCAAUUCGAUUAACAUACUGUUGUACUCCACAGGCUCAGCGCACAGCACUUUGGGUGGCAGCUAUAUUUUCCCACAAAGACAUUGUGAAUUUGUUACUGUCGAGGGGAGCAGAUGCAACAGCAGCAAGGGAGGAUGGCAGGACAGUCCUGUUCGCUGCUGUCAUAGAGGGGGAUGCAGAGAUUGUGAAGCUGCUGGUGGAGCAUGGUGCAGUCGUCAAUCAUCCUGGCGAGAAACACUUGACGCCGCUCAACGCUGCAUGCAACAAGCGCCAUUUAGAAUGCGCCAGGGUGCUCUUGUCACAUGGUGCAGAUCCCCUUAUCCUGUCAGAGGAUGGCGUAUCACCAUUGAUGGCUGCCGUUGCCCAUGAGGAUCCUGACCUCGUGAGACUGUUGCUUGGUAGUGGCGCUAAGCCGGACGUUGGACAAAAGGAAGUGAAUGCUUUGUAUACUGCAGUUGUCUCGGGCGACAGGGCAAUUAUACAGAUGCUUCUGGAUGCUGGAGCAUCUGUGAACCUUCCUCAGAGGAAUGGCCGUACAGCUCUCUAUGCAGCUGUCAUUGGUGGUGAUAUGGACAUUGUGCAGAUGCUGCUGGAUGCCAAGGCUGAUGUUGAUGCGAGAGCUGAUGAUGGCACCACACCUUUGUAUGUAGCUGCCAACAAUCAACUCCCUGAUAUUGCAAAACUGCUCAUCUCAAGAGGUGCAAAAGUGGAUGCCAUGUCAGAGGAUGGAAUGACGCCACUUCACACUGCAAUACACCGAUCUUGCCUUGAGUGCGUGGAUCUUCUUUUGGAGGCUGGAGCAGACGUCACCUUGAGGGCAAAGAAAACUAUUCCUCCAACCUGCCUGGCUGCCAUGGCCAACGCACCUGGUGCCGCUGAUUCGCUGAUACGAGCUGGAGCAGACGUGAAUGCUGUUGACGAUGAUGGCGACAGUGCAUUGUACCUCUCUGCUAUACAAGGUUAUGAGGAGGUGGUGCAUCUUCUCCUGGACGCGGAUGCGGACAUGCACAGAUACAAUGACAAAGGCGCACUGGCAAUCCACGUCGCUGCACAAAAUGGCCACGAAGGCGUCGUGCAGCUGCUGAUUGAUGCAGGCUGCAACUUACGCAAAAGGACAAAAGACGGCCGUGUGGCACUGCACUUAGCGGCGCAGAAUGGACAUGCAGAUGUGGUCAAGAUCAUGGGUGAGGCAAUGCAAAAAGGGCCACAGUCUGUGACUGUAGAUGAGUCGGAUGAAACAGGGGAGAUAGGGGGAUCGAUGGCAGACAGCAGCUCCGGAGAAGAGCAGGAUGUUGGAGAUGGCACAAUCCCAAAGCAUUUCCUGUGUCCCAUCACGCUCACGAUUAUGGUCGACCCAGUCACUGCUACUGAUGGUCAUACCUAUGAAAGGGAAGCCAUCACCAAAUGGAUUAGAAGCCGUGGAAAGUCACCCAUCACCAAGAAACCGAUGUCCAGCGCUUCGCUUGUCCCCAACUACAAUCUGAAAUCUCAGAUCGAAGAGUAUUUGAGGAGAGCAGAGAAGGGGCAGGGCGAACAAUGA